AUGUUGGAAAAUUACUCUAGUGUCACUGAAUUUUAUCUCCUUGGCUUCCCUGGCUCUAAAGAACUACACAAUAUUCUAUUUGCCACCUUCUUUUUCUUCUACUCUGUGACAUUAAUUGGAAACAUGGUCAUCAUCUUGACAGUCUGUGUUGAUAAACAUCUUCAGUCUCCCAUGUAUUUCUUCCUGGGUCACCUCUCUGUCCUAGAGAUCCUGACCACAUCUGUGGCCAUCCCUCUGAUGCUCUGGGGUCUGCUUCUUCCUGGGAUGCAGGCAGUAUCUUUGAGUGCCUGUUGUGUACAACUGUAUUUGUACCUGUCUUUGGGAAUGUCGGAGUUGUUAUUAAUAGUAGCGAUGGCUGUGGACCGUUACGUGGCUGUCUGUAACCCUCUGUGGUACAACAUCAUUAUGAACAGCCACACCUGUCUCUGGGUGGUAAUUGUGUCUUGGGUAUUUGGCUUCCUGUUUGAAAUCUGGCCAGUCUAUGCCACGUUUCAUCUUAGUUUCUGCAAAUCAAAUGUGCUAGACCAUUUUUACUGUGACCGAGGGCAACUGCUCAAACUAUCCUGUGAUAACAGUCUUUUCACAGAGUUUAUUCUGUUUUUAAUGGCUGUUUUCAUUAUUGUUGGUUGGAUGAUCCCUACAAUUGUCUCCUACACCUGCAUCGUAUCCACCAUCCUCAAGAUCCCCUCAGGCUCUGGCCGCAGGAAAGCCUUCUCUACCUGUGUCUCCCACUUCACCUUUGUUGUCAUUGGCUACGGCAGCUGCUUGUUCCUCUUUGUGAAACCCAAGCAAACGCAGGCUGCUGAGUACAACAGGGUAGCAUCACUGAUGGUUUUAGUGGUGAACCCUUUUCUGAACCCUUUUAUCUUCACCCUCCGGGAUGACAAAUUCAUAGAGGCCUUUCGAAAUGUUAUGAAACGCUGCUAUCAACUCCUGAAGGAUUAG